AUGCUGCUCUCUGCCACCUGCCUGUCCCCGCCGCCUGCCUGCUGCCGCCGCCUGCUAUAUCCUUGCACCACCCGCGGCCCUUACCUGCCGUGGCCUGCCUGCCAGCCACUGCUUACUGUAGCCUGCACCUGCUACCUUUUACCUGCCGCCACUGCCUGCCUACCGCUGGCGCCUGCAGCCCGCUGCCCCCACUGCCUGCCUCCGCUGCAGCCUGCCUCCUCCUGCCACCUUCCCGCGCCACCUGCCUCCGCUGUCUGCCACCGCUUCCUGCCACUGCCGCCUGACACCGCUGCCGGUUGCCCGCCACGGCCCGCUGCCGCUUCCUUACCACCGCCGCCUGCUGCCGCUUACCACUGCCCGCCACCGCAGUCCGCCACCAACGCAUGCCUACUACUGCCGCCUCCCAACAGUUGCAAUUCCCGCCUUCCUAACACUGCUGCCUGCGGCCACCACCUGUCCCCGCCAACCGCCUGCCACUGCUUCCUGCCACCACCGCCUGUUGCCAUCUGCGGCUACUGCCACCAGCCUCCGCUGCCUAACCUCGACGAUGCCCGCUUGGCCCCACCGCCAGCCGCUGCCACCUGCCGCCGCUGCUGUCUGCUGCCCUCACUGCCUGCCCCCGCUGCGGCCCGCAUCCCCCUGACACCUGCCCCUGCCGCCGCUUUCUGCCACCGCUUACGGCCGGCUGCGACUGUUAGCCGCCGCUUCCUGCCUGGCCCCUGCUGCCUGCAGCCCGCCACGGCCUGCAGCAUCGCCGCCUACCCCCGCCUACUGCCACUUACCACUACCCGCCACGGCAGCCCCCCGCCAGCACAUGCCUACCGCUGCCGCCUACCUAACGCUGCUGCCUGGACCUGCGCCUGCCGCCGCUUACCACUGCCUGCCCCCCCGGGGCCUUCCGGCCGCCACUACCUGACCCCACCACUGCCCGCCGCCACUUCCUGCCGCCACUGCCUGUUGCCACCUGCGGCUACUGCGUACCCCCAGUGCUGCAGCAUGCCUGCAACUGUCUGCCAGCUGCCUGCCGCACCCUGCCUGCCCCCGCCCCCUGCCGACGCCGCUGCCUGCUACCUCCUUCCACCGCCCGCCGCCCUUGCCUGCCUGCCGCCGCCGCCUGCCUGCCUGCCGCUUCUUACCCAAGCCCGCCACCGCUUCCUGCCGCCGCCUAGCGUCCGCUGCUACCCAACGCUGAAGCCGACUGACGCCAGCACUACUCCUGACGCCGCGAACGCCGCGGACGCCGCUAACGCCGGGGACGCCGCCGCCCACUGCAGGCGAGGACGCCACCCGCUGGUGCUGUCACCACUGCCACCUCUGCUGCUGCCCGCUGCCACCUGUCACCGACUUCCACCACCUGCCUGCCGCUGCCUGCCACCGCCUCCUGCCACCGCAUGCCUGCUGCCGCCACCAGUCAGUACUACCACUGCCGCCCCCUGCUGCCACUUACCUCUGCCUGCCGCCGCCACCUGCCUUCUGCAACCCACCGCCCUUGCCUGCGCCCGCCGCCUGCUGCCCGCCGCAUCCGUGGCCGCCUGCCUGCCACCGCCGUCUGCUGCCGCAGCCUGGUUCCACCGGGCCCAGCUACCUAACCCCGAGAAUGCAUGCCAAAGCUGCCUGCCUAACCCCACCGCUGACAGCACCGCCGGCCUAACGCUGCCACCUGCCAAUCGCCACAGCUGCCGCCUGCCUAAUGCUGAUGUCUGCCACCUGCCUGCUGCCACCACUUGCUAUAUCCUUGCACCACCCGCGGCCCUUACCUGCCGUGGCCUGCCUGCCAGCCGCUGCUUACUGCAGCCUGCACCUGCUACCUCUUAUCUGCCGCCACUGCCUGCCUACCGCUGGCGCCUGCAGCCCGCUGCCCCCACUGCCUGCCUCCGCUGCAGCCUGCCUCCUCCUGCCACCUUCCCGCGCCACCUGCCUCUGCUGUCUGUCACCGCUUCCUGCCACUGCCUCCUGACACCGCUGCCGCUGCUUCCUGUUGCCGCCUGCCUGCCGCUUGCCGGGGCUUGCCUGCCUGCCGCCCCAGCUGCCUGCGUCCCACCGCUUCCUGCCGCCGACGCCUGCUACCUCCUCGCACCGCCCGCCUCCCUUGCUUGUGGCUGCCUGACUGCCAGCCACGGCUUACCACAGCCUGCCCGCGCUGCUGCCUGCUGCCACUGUCGCCUGCCCUGCCGCCUGCCUUCACUUCCUGCCGCCGCUUCCUGUCACCACCUGCCGCCGCCGCUGCCCCCUGCCCCGCCGCUUGCCUUCGCUUCCUGCCGCCGCUUCCUGUCACCGCCUUUCGCCGCCAAUGCCCCCUGCCCCGCCGCCUGCCUUCGCUUCCUGCCGCCGCUUCCUGUCACCACCUGCCGGCCCGCUGCCACUGCCGCCUGCCUUCGCUUCCUGCCGACGCUUCCUGCCACCUCCUGCUGCCAAGCCAUACCGCCACAGCCCCCAGCUACCGCCACUGACACCCGCUGCCCAUCGCAGAUGCUGCUGCUGACCGCCGACGCGGCUGGCCCACGCUGCCGCUCUCUGCCGCCUGCUGCUUGCUGGCGCUGGCUGCCCAGCGCUGACCCUGCCCGUACCACCACCGGGCCGCUGCCCCCGCCAGCUGCUGCCAGUUACCGCUGCCUACCGCCCCAGCCACCUGCCCGCCACCGCUUCCUUCCACUGCCGCCUGCCACCCUUGCCUGCAUCCCCUUGCCUCCGCCUGCCUGCCCGCACCCCCUGCUGCCAUUUACCGCUCUCUACCGCCGCCACCUGCAGCCCGCCACCUGCCACCUCCUCUGCUGUCACCAGCCUCUGCUGCCUAAACUCGACGGUGCCUGCCAACGCUGCCAACCUACCGCCGCCAACUGCUGCCGCUGCUCCCUGCAGCCCGCUUGCCUCCGCUGCCUGCGGCCACUGCCGCCUGCUUCCCACACUGCCUGCCCCCACUGUGGCCCGCCUCCCCCUGCCACCUGCCCCCACCUGCCGCCGCUUUCUGCCACCGCUUAUGACUGGCUGCGAUUAUCAGCCGCCGCUUCCUGCCUGGGCCCUGGGGCCUGCAGCCCGCCACGGCCUGCUGCUGCUUACCUACCACCGCCGCCUACCACCGCCUGCUGCCACUUACCAUUACCCGCCACGCCAGCCCACGGCCACCACACGCCUAUCGCUGCCGUCUACCGAACGCUGCUGCCUGGCCCUGCCACCUGCCGCCGCUUCCUCCUGCCGCUUACCACUGCCUGCCCCCGUCUGCCACCUCUUGCCGCUGCCGCCCCCUGCCUGCCCCUAGCCGGGGCCUGCCGGCCGCCACUACCUGCCCCCACCACCUGCCCGCCGCCGCUUCCUGCCGCCCCCACCUGUCGCCACUGCCUGUUGCCACCUGCGGCUACUGCCCGACUGACACAAGCACUACUGCUGCCGCCGCUGCCGCCACUGACGCCGCCGCGUAACCCGACUAUGCCCGCCGGCGCUUCCGGCGCCCCUCCCCACGCUGACUCACUCUGCCGCCGCUACCCGCCUGUGCUGACCCCGCCCCUAUCGCGGCGCCUGCCUCCCCCGUCGCCGAUGCAGCCGCAGACCUCACCCGCUGGUGCUGCCACCGCUGCCCCCUCUGAUGCUGCCCGCUGCCGCCUGCCACCGCCUGCCACCGCCUGCCUGCCGCUGCCUGCCGCCACUGCCCACCAGUGCUGCAACCGCCGCCUGCCACCGCCUGCCUGCUGCCGCCACCAGUCAGUACUACCACUGCCGUAUGCCACUGCCGGCCCCUGCUGCCGCUUACCUCUGCCUGCCGCCGCCACCUGCCUUCUGCCACCCACCGCCCUUGCCUGCGCCUGCAGCCUGCUGCCCGCCGGCAUCCGUGACCGCCUGCCUGCCGCCGCCGUCUGCUGCCGCAGCCUGGCUCCACCGGGCCCAGCUACCUAA